GCCGUGGCCUCCGGCGCCCAGCCAAUCCCCGUCGUCUCCGACGGCCUCGGAAAGACGUUCUGCCUCCGCAACCGCUCUGGCGUGAGCUUCGCAGUCGUGAAGCCGGUCGACGAGGAGCCGACGCCGCCUCUCGGCAUGCUAGGCCGGCACGCCUGUUCGCGCCACUCAGCGCGAGCCAGCGAGACCGGACCGCGAGAGGUCGCCGCAUACCUUCUCGACCACGACGGAUUCUCCGGCGUCCCCCCGACGGCUCUCAUCAAGAUCUCCCACCCCGUAUUCCACACCGCCGCCGCGCAGACCGCCUCCAUCCAGCGGUUCGUGUCGCACGAUUUCGACGCCGGCGAGCUCGGCUCCUCGAGGUUCUCCAUCUCGUCGGUGCAUCGGAUCGGGAUACUCGACGUCAGGCUCCUGAACAUCGACCGCCACGCCGGGAACAUCCUCGUCAAGAAGCAGCUCCCUCGGAAAGGCAGCUACGACAGCUACUGCGGGGAGUCAGCGAUGGAGCUCGUGCCGAUCGACCACGGGCUGUGCCUGCCGGAGAUCCUCGACGAUCCCUACUUCGAGUGGCUCCACUGGCCGCAGUCGGCGGUGCCUUUCUCGGAGUCCGAAGUAGAAUUCAUUGCGGCGCUCGACCCGUUGCAAGACGCGGACAUCCUCCGAACGGAGCUCCCUUCGCUGCGGGAGUCGGCGAUAAGAAUACUAGUGCUGUGCACCACCUUCUUGAAGCAGGCGGUCGCGGCUGGGCUCUGCCUGGCCGACAUCGGCGACAUGAUGACUCGCGAGUUCUCAACGCUGGAGGAAGGGCCGAGCGUGCUAGAGAUCCUAUGCCAGCAGGCGGAGGAGUCGAUGAACAGAUCAGCUACGCUCGCUUCGUCGGACGAAGACGAUGCCGUUGACGAAGAUAGCAGCAGGGAUGUCGCUAAGGAGAUCCAGUUCGAAAUGGAGUGCGACGACGACGACGACGACGACGACUUCGCGGAGAACUGCAUCGGGGAAGUGUUGGACAUUCCGUUACUUUUGCAGCGCAAGGCUUGCGAGCACCGGCUCCACUCUCUUCGCGAAGACGACACAGAAGAGGAUUACGACGAUGGCGAUAGCGACGACGACGACAGAGAGGAGACUAAGAUUGGAGGGAUAACGAAGAGCGUGAGCUUCUCUGCAGCGGGUUUUAACUACGAGAGCGCGGGGUCAGGGUGUAAGAGCAUCUCAUUUAAAGAUUUCACCGAGGAAGAGUGGGCGGUCUUCCUGAAGAAGUUUGAGCAGCUUCUGCCGGAGGCAUUUGAAGUAAGGAAAAGCACGGGGCUGAGGCAGAGGUUAGGAACCUCUUGCAAGUUUUGAGCUGCAACAAAAUUAUUAAAUUCACGUUACAUGCGAAUCAAAUAUUGCCGUGUACUUGAAUUGUAUUGUACGGCAAUAAUUGAUUAAUUGCUAGUAACGUGGGAUCUUUGUGGUAAUGUGUGAUAGGCGUGAUAGUUGCUACAAGUCUACUGUAAGCGUCAAUUUCUUAUGUAAUAUUAGUCUGUGAAGGCGGCGUAUUUGGGCUCAUCGUGGCCCCGGAGAAGGUUUCUAGCAGAAAAUAUUGCUGGGCCUCUCUUUGUUGGGAGAUAGAACACAAAUGAUGAGUGGGAUAAAUUAACUUGUAAAUUAGUCCAUGUACAAUAGAAGUGCCAAAGAUUUAUAGUAAAUUUUACAGUUUGGAUAA